AUGCCACUUGUCAAACUUCGUGAGAAAAUAUUUUGUGCUUCCGAUUUUUGGUCGAAUUAUGAGGAUUUUGAAAUUGUUCCGCCUGAUCCUGAAUGUUAUUUUGAUCACAAAUUCCCUUCAAGUUUUAUUUUUGUCCACGACACAUUUUAUGUUGACAAAAGGAGAGCAAAUUCUAUUGAUAUUAGCGAGCCAAUAAGAGAAUUUAUGAAAAGAAAGAAAAAAGAUUUUGGAGAAUUUUAUGUGAAAGACAUGGCUGGAGUUAAAAUUAUUGAUUUUAAAUUGAGACUGGGUCAACCUUAUGUUUAUGUUCAUCAAGGAUUUUGUGAGCAUUUGAUUAUAUUCACCGAUUUGCGUUUAUUACUUCCUGGAGAUGUUCAACGAAUCGAAGAUUACCCAAUUCGUCUUUUUGACAUCAAAACCCAAAAACUUUGUUGUGCUUGUAGCGACGAAAUUUCAAGUUUUGUAGUUACUGAAAGUGAUCGUUUGCCAAAUUCUCCGGCAUUUUUCUGUUCAACCUGUUUUACUGCUUUUCAUUAUGAUAAUGGGCAAAGAAUUGGAAAUUUUAAGGCUUAUCAUUAUUUAAAUCAUGCUGGGACUGAAUAG